GAUUCGAGUGUGUACUUAGUGGGCUGCUUGUGUUUAAUCUUUGGCAAGUCUAUUUGCAUGGGGCCUACUGUUAUUCGUUCAUUAGGGGCUGCAGAAAAAAGGGUUUGAAUACAUAUCACAGUCCAUCAUCAAAGGAGGAUCCACAUGAACAUGACAUCGUCACUUCUAUAAAAGACUUUUUGGCAGGAGCGUGAGUGAGAAACAAAACAAUUGUACUUGAUACUGAUUUACUGAAAUAGGAGUUGUGAAUGGCAUUCUGGUGACCUGACUGGGAUAUAAUUAAUCUGGCUAUAGUUGGUGAAUUGAUUAAAAUCUGUACAGAGAGGAAUAACUUGUUCAAAUCAUAGGAGACGGAAAACAACAAAUGGAGCUUUGAAAGAGAAGAAGGAAAUCUGAGAGGAGUGACUCUUGUGAAUCCAGUCAUCUCUAACAAAACAAGAUGGAGCUGGGAACCCUUGUUUGGUUUGACAGUGGGUUGGAGUACCCUGUUCCUGGUCGUAUCAUUGUCUCAGAUACUGCCUCCAUGAAGGUACUAUGUGCCAGCGAUGGAAAGGAAUACCCAAUAGUAGACCCCAGGAAGCUGCUGAGGAUCAGACAUGAUCGAAUUGAACUUGAAAGCAUUCAGGAUAUGGUUGAACUCAGAGAUCUUCAUGAGGGAUCCAUAAUAUUCAACUUACAUACCAGAUAUGAGAAAGGUCUCAUAUAUACCUACACUGGAAGUAUAUUGGUUGCUGUCAAUCCUUACAAGCUUUUUGAUGACAUCUACAACAUAGAGACUGUUAGAAGAUAUGAAGGGCAACUCAUUGGACAUCUACCACCACAUCUGUUUGCAAUAGGAAGUGGUGCAUACCUUCGCAUGACUCAAACCAAACAGAAUCAAUGCAUCGUGAUCAGUGGUGAAAGUGGUGCUGGCAAGACAGAGAGUACUAAACUUAUUAUGCAAUACCUUGCAGCAGUCAACAAAGCUUCGACUAACCUCAUUACGGAACAAAUUCUAGAAGCCAACCCAUUGCUAGAAGCCUUUGGGAAUGCCAAGACAACUCGCAAUGACAACUCAAGCCGCUUUGGAAAAUACAUUGAAUUGUUCUUCAAUAAUGGUCUUAUCAGUGGUGCCAGGACAACAGAGUAUCUGGUUGAGAAGUCACGUGUCGUUAGGCAGGCACCUGGUGAACGCAACUAUCACAUCUACUACCAGAUGCUAGCUGGUAUGUCCAUUGGAGAGAAAGCCAAGUAUGGGCUCACUCAACCAGAACGCUAUUUCUACCUCAACCAAGGGGGCAGCAGUCGUGUGGAUACGCGCAACGAUGCAGAUGACUUCAUCCGCACAGUCUCGGCCAUGGAAGUUCUGAACUUUGACCCCAACAAGCAGGAGACGGCCUUCAGUAUCCUGGCAGCCAUCUUGCACAUUGGAAAUCUCUCUCUCCAGAAUUCAAAGAGGCAAGAUAGACAUGAUAUGCCAGAAAUCACCAAUGAGGGAGCCCUAGCAGGAGCGGCUAGGCUUCUGCAACUCGACCCUAAACAGCUUGAAGGUGCUAUUUUAUACAGAGUCACAGAAACAAUCGGAGAACGAAUUCUUACUCCUCGGACACUCGAACAAGCUGAAGAUGCCAGGGAUGGGAUAUCCAAAUCUCUCUACACCAGUCUUUUUGGAUGGCUAGUCAGGAGUAUAAAUGUCAUCACAAACCAACCCGCUAAGAUGACCUCUAUUGCUAUACUCGACAUCUUUGGAUUCGAGGUCUUCAAGACAAAUGGCUUUGAACAACUCUGUAUUAAUUAUGCAAAUGAGCAUCUGCAAUUCUACUUCAACAAACAUAUCUUCCAAUUAGAACAGCUUGAAUAUGCCAAAGAGAAGAUAGAAUGGCAGACUAUCGCAUUUGUUGACAACCAACCAGUCUUGGAUCUCCUGGCCAAGAGACCUACCGGUAUUCUACACAUCCUAGAUGAUGAAAGCAACUUUCCCAAGGGAACAGAGAAAGCUUUUGUUGAGAAGUGCCACUACCAUCACUCCUCCAACUCCUCCUAUGGUCGCCCUAAGCAGCCUCGUCUUGAGUUCUGCGUCAAGCACUACGCUGGAAAGGUGAUCUACCAGCUGGACAAUGUCAUUGGAAAGAACAGGGACGUACUGAAACCAGAGGUCCUGGAGAUGUUCAAGAACAGCAAGAAUCAGGUGCUAUCAGAGAUGUUCAAGCUAUUACAGACCAUGGAGCAGAGACGAUCUAUGAUUGGGGCUAGUGGCCCUUCAGCGAUGCGAAAGAUGAGACCAUCAACUGUGGCUACCAGAUUCAAUGAGUCUCUUCUAGAGCUCAUCAACAAUAUGAACAAAUGCCAUCCAUUUUUUGUUCGUUGCAUCAAACCCAAUGAGGAGAAGUCCCCUAUGUUGUUUGAUACCGGUAUUGUACUGAGUCAACUGAGAUACAGUGGGAUGCUGGAGACGGUCCGCAUCAGGAGAAAUGGUUUCCCAAUCAGGAUGGCCUUCCUGUCAUUCAUGAACAGGUAUCGUUUCCUGAUCAGUGCUCACAUCACAUUCCGAGCGACAGCCAAAGAGCUCUGUCAAGAGAUCUUAUUCAGGGUUGGAGAUAGGUUCAGAGGAGACUACCAACUGGGAUCUACAAAGGUAUUCAUGAAAGAAGCCUUAGAGAACUACCUAGAAUACGAGCGCUCCAAGAUCAUCCAGAAGGCUGUCUUGGUCAUCCAGCGUCGUCUGAGAGGAUUCCUAGCCCGGCGUCAGUACCAUCGUAUCCUUCACACCGUGGUCCAGCUCCAGGCUCACUUAAGGGGAUACCUGGUGAGGCGUAGGGUCAGGACCAUCCUGAAGGGACUGGUCCUGUUCCAGGCUCUCUACAGGGGGCGACUCCAAAGGAGGAGAUACCUUGUGAUGCUAAGGAGGGCAAAAGAGGAGAGAGCAGAGCGGGAGAAGAGAGAAAGACUCCGCAUACAAAAGGAAAGAGAGAGAAUUGAAGAAGAGAGAAGGAAAGAAGCAAGUCGGCUAGCAUCAUCUAAGAUGGCUGCCAGUCGAGCACCACCUCCACCAUCCCUACCAACCCAGCCAGCAGAUGUGUCCAGGGUGGACAUUCCCUAUGAACUCAGUUUGCUACUACAGAGAGGCUGGAGUCCGCCUCACAAUGAGAGGAAUCUCAUAAAGGUCGUAGGUCAAGUAGCUCGUCAGGAGAGACCUAUCAGUUUCCCUGCUAACAUCAAUGACCAUCCUUUCUCAAGAUACGUCAAUAUAUAUUUCAAGAGUGAUGGUUUUGGGUAUCAGGACUUACCUAUUGCUACAGGCUUCCAUACCCUCAAUGAAGCCGAUGACGAUGAGGCCGUAGCAGUCUUCAAGCUCAUUCUAAGGUUCCUUAUGACUGCUGACCCUGGCAAUGACCCCGCCAAGAAAACUCAGGAUUUUAUCACUGGAAACUAUAUUGUACAGAAGGGUUUGAACAAUCGUAACAUCCGAGAUGAGAUCUACUGCCAGGUCUGUAGCCAGACAUGGAACAACACCAACAACACCAUCCAAGAAAGGGCAUGGCUGUUGCUUAGCAACAUCAUGGCGGCCUUCCCUCCGUCUCCCAAGCUUUACAACUUCCUCCUCAAGUAUGUGUCUGACCAUGCCUACGAUGGUUACAAGGCCUACUGCCAGCACAAGCUUCUCUCCUGUGACCCUCAUGCCAUUGAGUCUCAGGGUAGUAGGACCUAUCCUCCGAGUCUCCUGGAGUGGAAGGCUCACCAACUACAGGCUAACAUGUCCUUGGUCACCGGACUUCCUGGAGAGACUGAUCCUAUCAAUGUACAGGUCGAUUCAUGGACCACGGGAGAGGACUUCGCAGCCGCUGCUCUGAAACAAAAGGGACUGCAGAAAGGUUACAGGGGUUGGUCGGUGGAGCUGAUGGAUGAGAAUGUCCGCUACGAUCUCUCUGGACCGGACUUUGUCAUGGAUCUCAUCGCUGAGAUGGAGGUUCACCCUGAGAUGCCGGUAGGAGAAUCUCAUUUCCUCAUUGCUUCUGAGAUGAUCAAGAGUGGACAGACUCAACAUAGAAGAACUAUCAAAAGAAGGCAACAAUCUGAGAUAGAAUCAAUCAUAUCUGCUCCUACCCCAACUCGUUCAUCUGCUCCUCGUCAACGAUCUCAACACGAUCAUCUUCAGUCCCAGUACCCAUCUGACCUUAGUAUUCCUGAACCAGACUAUGUUGCCAAUUCAAAAACAGGGAGAACAUUGGCACAGCGUAGCCAGAGCAUCGGUACCAUCUCUGGAAUGUCCGAGUCAGGAUUGGAGGACUAUGUCAAUCAGCUAUUUGAUCCAGCUACGUUGGGUAUCCAUGGUGGAGGGGGCAGUGAACCCCCAUCUCCUUCAACCUCUGCAGAUCUCUCUAGUCCUACACGUCUUAAUUAUGUCAUCCGGGGCGGGGGCAGGGGCCCCAUGAUGCCCGUCCCACCCCCGGUCCCGCCCACAUCACAACCCCCAGCAGGCAUUAUCGGUGUUCCAGCAUUCACACCGGCCUCUGUUGCUAGCUAUCCCACUUACACAGGAGCCCCUGCUGCAGGAUUGACCCAGUACAUGACUCCUGCACCACAAGCCAUAGGAACACAGUUGGUCCAGCCUAUGCCGGCUAACAUGGCAGGUAUGAUGCCCAUGAUGCAAACACCGAUGAUGACUUCCAUGCAACCACAGAUGGUGCAACCACAUAUGGUGCAAGCAGCACCAGUCAUGGUACCCCAGACUCAACUCACCAACCCAACCCUAACCAAUGCAGCCCUGUCACAGCAAGCCUAUCUCAACCAGCAAACCUUAUUGGCACAACAAACUCAAAUGCAACAGCAGCUACAACAACAGCAACAACAGCUGAUGCAAAGUAUCCAGCAAUUGAACCAACAACAGACACAACAGGAUCAGGUCGUCAGCACUGCACCAACAUUUCAUGCACCAAAGGCACGUCAGAAUACUGCCAGUAAAGUUCAAGCACCUCAGCCUCCCGUCUCACCAGUAUCUUCCGCAUCAUCUUCAUCCAUAUCCCCGCCUCUACCACCUCCACCAGCGGUGCCUUCAGUAAAUGGGGCACCGCUGAAAAGUGCCAUUAAGCAGACAGCAGUCUCAAAGAGCAUCCAGGAGAAGAAGAGUAUCCAGUUCAAUCAGCAGGUUGUCAACAUCAACAAUGGAGCCAGCGAUGAGAGGUCUGCCUUGAAAGCUGUCUCUCCUCCAACCUCUCCGGUUUCUCCUAUCUUCAGAGAUAGCUUUGUUCCCCCUCCUCCGCCUCCACCUCCUCAAUUUGUUUCUAAAGCCGGUCGUACUAUCCAGCUGGAUGAUGUCAAGGACAGGGCUAGGACCAUCAGGGUUGGGAAGAUCGUCUGGCCUCCGCGAAAAGCAGAUGGGCCAAAGGAAGAAGUUACUGUCGGACGCCUAGAGGUAGAACAGCAAGUGGAGUCUGGUCCAUCGCUUCCUCUCAAUCGCCCAACAGCGAUUACCGCUGACAUGCUUCAGGACCGUGCCGGCAGCUUGCGUAAGAUAAAUGCAAAGAAAAUAAGACCAAGGGGUGUUGGUCAUGUGGUAGCAACCAAAGAUUCAGAACCAGUGAAGUCACCACCUCCUCCUGUAGCCAAAAAAGUGUUUGGACAGAAGAAGGAUCAUCACUCGGAGGCACUUCUGAUGCUCAAGGAACAAAUGAAGUCUGCACCACCACCAUCACCAAAGAAGAUACUGCCAAAGGAGACACCACCACCUCCACCUGUCGUCACCAAAGCACCAUCACCUCCCCCUCCACAAAAGCCCCCUUCUCCACCAAUUGCUCAAGUAGUGGUUGCUGUUGGUACUGUUCCACCCCCGCCUCCACCUCCUCCACUUCCUCCUCCCGUUGUGACAGAGCACAAGGAGAUAUCAGUCCAGACCACCCAGACAGAGAUGGAAUCUGUUGAUAUCCUCAAGGCCCAAGGCAUCAUCCAGGAAAUAGAUGACACACCAUCUGUUACGUCAUCCACCAUACCUGAUGCGCUAUCUGAUGCUGAUGUUGAAGAGAUGGAGAAGGUCCAGACAUUAGUCUAUCCGAUGGGACAGUCUUCCUUCUACAUGUACACCAGGGUCAGGUGGAGCCUCACCAUCAGGAAAGAGGUGUUUACUCCAGGAGAACGUCUAGGAAACCCAACCACUCAACAGCUGAUCUUCUCUCAGAUUGUCCUGGAUGUCUUCAGUAAUAGCUGCAUCCGUAUGCGCAAGGGAGAGAAGCGUUCUAUGGCUCGUCUGCUAGACAAAUAUGGCAUCACACCUAAAAAUCUACCCCAGAAGAGUGCUCAUCGUAAGGAAGUUAUUGAGGCAGCCAGACAAUUGCCUCUCUACUUUAGCAGGUUUUUCCCCAUUCAUGGUGGGCGUCAACAUCCUGAUCUGAGAUGGUUAUGUGUCAGUGAUGCAGGUAUCUACCUUGUCAGGCAUGAGCUAGAUCCGAUGAAAGAUCAACUGGUCGUCACAGAAUCAUUCCACUUUUCAGAUCUGAACCAGAUAAUAGCUGCACCAAACCAGAUACUCAAACUAAAUCUAGCAGAUGGAACAGCGAUAGUUGUCUAUACAAACAGAGGUGCUCAGAUCAAGAGUAUGAUUGAUGCGUAUGUGGUAGACCUAGAGAAGGAUUCACAUCACAUGAGGGCAAUCCAAGACUACAUCACCAGAGAAACAACUCUCCUUAGCUUCCAUAAAGGAGACAUAAUCAAAGUCACUGGCAAACAUCAUGUCACAGAUCCAGGUUGGUUAUUUGGAAUGUUGGAUGGUCGUUCAGGUCUCUUUCCUAAGGAGUUUGUGGUCACUGCUCCAGGUCCACAGACAUUGAGGCAAAUUAAGGCAAAGAAUCGUGUCAACAUUGAAACCCGGAUGCUUGAAGAGCAAGGGCAUCAGCCCCGCAUGGAGCCAAUGAAUGCCCCUAAUGAUGAUCAUAAACGUUAUUCAAUGAUUGAGUUUGCCAAGAGGUACUUCAGGGAAAGCUCUGACAAAUUCAUCAUGCAGCGCAAGAGUGAUGGAUCUAUCAGAGGAUCUCUCAAGUUCAUGGGUUCACUCAAGAGAUCUAUCCUCAAGAAAGACAAGAAGAAGAGUGAGGAUGCCAUUGCUGUGCAGCAGUACAUUGCCGCUGUAUCUUACACCAAUUCACCAAUCCAGGCUUCCCUUAUAGAUCUUCAAUCUCAAGAACUUAACAAGAUUGCUUUGGAAUGUUUUCUUGCUCUGAUGCAAGUGAUGGGGGAUUAUCCUUUGCGAAGUAAAGGGGAUACCAACCAAGAGAGAGCAAUCUAUGAAUGUGUAGUCUUCAUCCUGAAGAAUUGUCUGAACAGUACUGACCUGAGAGAUGAGAUCUUGUGCCAGGUUGUGAAACAGGUCACAGAUAAUAGGAGUGCUAAGAGGCAAAGUGUGCAGCAGGGAUGGCGCUUGCUUCUCCUCCUGACCGCCUUCCUACCGUGUUCUAGUGUCUUUAAGCCAUACUUCUUCCAGUACCUGUCCGAUGCUGCCUCUCACGAGAGUCAGAACCCAUUAAGUGGGAUCGCUGCUAUAUGCCUUCAGAGUGCAAGGAAAGCACAGAGAUGUGAUGGGAGGAGGGUGUUACCCAGUGAGACGGAAGUCACUCAUCUUUUGGCUGGCAGAACAACUCGGAGACGACAAUUUCUAGUGCCAGGAGGAAUCGGUCUAAUGCUUAGAAUAACGACCAGUACGGUGGCAGCAGAUAUUCUAGCUGGAGUCUGUGGUAGCCUUGGGUUGACCAAUGAGAAGGAUAUUAAAGAAUUUGGGCUCUUUGCCAUCAUUGGAAAUAAGCAUAAUGAAACAUUACUCCAAGAGAGUGAUUACAUCAUGGAUAUCACCACUCACCUGGAUCAGUCCGGUAUCGGCUAUGUACUCCUCUUCCGUAGGGUGCUAUGGCAACGACCUGUGCGCAUUGACGUAGAGAAUGUCAAUCAGAUAAUAUACAUGUACAAUCAGGUCCGUCAAGACUAUAUCAGUGGUAAUAUGGUGAUUUUAAAGAAUGGUGAACUGACUGAAGAACAGCUGAAUACCAUCAUACAUCUAGCUGCUUACCAGAUGAAAUCAAACGAUCAAGUUCAACUUCCUACUCAGAAAGACUUGAACAAUGUGCUUCCAUUCAACGUGAAGGAGAAGCAGCAAUCCCAACACUGGCUAAACUUGCUACAUUCUAGCCUGGACCAGAUGCGAGAUGUCACCCCGGUCCAGGCUCGUGUCAGGUUCAUUGAAAUGCUUCAGAAGUGGACUCUCUUUGGAUGUAACUUCUUUGAUGUUAGAAUGCAGACUGGAGUUAACAGCAGUGACGCUAGAUUGCUUGCUAUUAAUAAAGAUGGCUUAUUUGUACUCCAGAAUAAUACUCAUGAAAUCUUGAAACACAUAACGUUGGCAGAGAUUGUUUCAACACGUAGGCUCCGAUCCAACGACGGCAAGGUUUCAUUCUUUGAUAUCAAACAUGGUGACCUCAUGAAACAGACAGUCACAAGGUUCCAGACCAAUCAGGGAGUUGAGAUAGGUGAGUUGAUCUCAAAGUACAUAAAGUCCCAGGAAGUUGGUACAGUGAGAGAACCUCAACCCAUUUCCAGUGAUUACCAAACCAAUGCUAUCACCAACCUCUGGCCAUCAGGACCAGGAGCCAAUGACCCUUCAACAGGUCAAACUAACGGGAUAGAUGGACGUUACAGGACCCCAUCGUCUACAGACUCUGCCGGAUCCUCCAUACCGGCCAGUCCUAGUCAUGCCCCGCCCCCUGGUGCCGUCAGGGUCAUGUCACUUCCCCCUCUACAGGUUAGUGUUGACCAGCCUCUAGAAAACAACAAUAACUACCAACCACAAAAUGGUGUGACCGUCCCAAGCCCAGGACAGGUCAAUGGUGAUUUGGGAGGUUACAACUCCCGCCCAAAUUCAUUACCUAUUGUUCCUAGCCCCAGGUCAAGUCAACCACCUCUCACAAAUGGAUACCCAGUCUCCCCGACAAGACAGCCUGUACCAAAAGAAGGUAUCCUCAAGAAUAGUAUGUCACCAACAGGUGUUGUCCGCAAUCCCAUCUCACAGCCCCAAGCUUCUGAUAAUAUCCUCAAGCGCGGUAAUGUAAGAGGGAUGAGAAAGUAAGAGAGUGUGCAGGAUUCUUAUUACAUUUGAUCAACAUAACCCUGUGCAUUGUUUGUGAUCAUUAUUAUUAAAUCUCAGGAUAAGCAUAUAUUUAGGACCGUCAAAAUUAGUCUGUUAGAGCAGCAAAAAGAACUAGAACAUUGUAGAAUCAAAUCUCCAAAAAAAAACAUAGUUUGAACUGAUUUUCCACAAUGUUUUGCUCAUCCAUGUAUUGUAACACUCAACAUUCAACAGUUCUUAACAAAGAUUUAUACAUUCUAAAGAAUCUGCAACUUAAUAGCAAGAUCAACAUUUCAUAAUAAAAUUAAGGAAAACUCCCAAUGAAUUAAAUGUAUAUUUAGAUCUAUUGCAGGUGUGAGAUCAUGUUUUGUAUUACAAUUCUAUUCAUUUAUCAGUACUGUAUAAUUAUCUUGUUUUGUAAUUUAUGUAACAUUAAAAUGUUAGAUUGUGGAUGUAUUGUUGCUGAGUUAUGUUGUUGCCAAAUCAUGAAUUAUAUUAUGAUCAGUAUAUUUUAUUUAUGAAUUAGUAUGGCAUUUUGACAUUUGUAAUGAAAAUGUUCUAGUAGUAAAUGCUUUUAUUUUGUCUUUUGAUGAGAUCAUGUAGCGAUGAAUGCAAAACAACAAAUGGCACAGGAAACAUAGAAUUCUUUCAGUACGGAUGAAGCACAUGUAGUAAAUGAACUUCAAUCUUAAUCCAUGAAGGUUGUAAAGUAAUCCAGGUUUCCAUGCAUAAUUUUUGUUGUACAUUCAGGACAAAUUAAUGAUUUUUAUGUUAAUUAAGAGUAUAAUUUCAUGCAAUCAUUUAGGUGCCUUUUGAGGAUCUCUCAAAAUUAUUAUUUGUGUUAUUUUUUUAUAGAAAUUAGCUAUUUUAGUUUGAAAUCAAAGGUGCUUGUUUGAAAAUUAUUUAAUGGGCGUUUCUGACAUUGCUGGGUUUUUUUUUAUUACUUAAUCACUGAAAGUGACUUAAAUUUGAUUCAAAACACCAACAGUAACUUUUAUGUAAAUUUAUGUAUAUAAAGCAGAAAAGAUGUGAUAUGAUAUUUAGCAACAUAUUUUUUAAUAUAACUGUCAUUAAAAGCCUUCUUUACAGCACUUGCAUUUAUUCUUGAUUUUUAGAUCCUCAUGCCUUUAUAUGAUGAUUUAAUACACUGUUUUGUCAUUUUAUUUGGUAUGUUAUUUGUGUUUAUCCAACUUCAUUGUAUGUUUAGUUUCUUAAUUUUGAUGUCACUUUUAUACCUACAAGUAUAGCUAUUUCAAGUGCCAAAGAAGAAAAUUUGUAAUAUUGAAGCGCGUAAAUCACAGUAGCCUAAGAAAAGUAGUACAGUAUGUUGGAUCUGACUUAUUUAAUAAGCUUAUUAUACAUUAUAGGGACUACAUUGGUCCUUACGUAAAAUCACACAUUCAUUAAUCACACUACCCGGAGAAACAUGAAUAAAACAGGACCACUUGAAUAACCUUGAGGUAUGCCAUAUCUAUGUACAGCAUUGAAUGAUGGGUUUGAUUAUGUGUUAUAUGACAACGACUGAUAAUGAUAAUAAAUAAUAAUAACGUCAUAUUUUACCAAGGGUAGCCACUUCAGUUCUGAAAAACUGUUCUCCCAGCGGGCCCUGCUUAACAUGAUCAUGUUAGAUAUAUGUCUAGAACCUAACAACACUUACUACUUUUUAAACAUUUAUACAAAGAUAUUCAUUUCACAAAAGGUAUGAGGUAAAUUUUAAAAUUUGCCCAAUAAAAAGAAGAAAAAAAAAAACCUGAAACAAUUUUUAUCAAAAGUAUGAUGGUUUUGAAGUGGGUUGUUACAUUUUCUGACUUGGGCAGUUUUUAAUCUUAAUCUUAGAUGUUAAAUGGUGGUUAACUUGAGUGGUCUAAUGCCUGUACAUUCUAACAUAGAGCUAGUUAUUGAUUAUAUAUAUUCCUUUGUGUCUUUGAUUUUCUUCAUAAUGUUGUCUUUCACUAUUACCAAAUGAAAAAUUAUUAGGGUACCUCAAAAAUUUUAUCAGAUAUUUAUUUUCUCAUUUUAAAAUCAAUGGUGUAUAUUGAUCAUGGAUAUUAAAGGAUGACGAUGUAUUAUUUAUGUAUUCAAAAUAUCAGAAUAUUUCGUGACUCGGACACACGUUUGAAAUUUUUCUUUGCAUAAAAGUUUAUUCUUAAAAAUACCCUUCAUCGCGAAAAUGUGGAUAUAUGAGAAUAGAAAGCGAUAGAGGGAAUCACAGGAAAAAGCGUUUGUAUGUAGUAUUCUGUCUGCCUUUCACAUUUAUAUAUGCAGGAAUUCCUUUGACAAUGCAUAUCUACAUAAAAAUAAAUAAUUAAGUGUCAGAAAUGACUCUUGAAUUGAAAUUCAUACUUCAAUGUGGAAGAAUUACUAUCAUAAUACAAAGGAAAACUGUUUCAUGGGAUUAUGAUUAUGGACAAAGUAGAAUUUAUUUUAGCCAUGAUUUAUCCACAAUUUAAUUGAAAAUAUUGUUAUGAAAUGUAAAAGUGGUUGGUGCCUUUAUGCAAUAUUUUUCAUUUAUGUACUAGUAAUUUUUGUAAUGAUUUUAUUUUAAACUUCAUAAUAUUGUAAAUCCAUCAUUCAGCAUUGUAAAUAAUGUGAAUUUUUUUUUUGGAAACAUCCUUUGCCUUAAAAAAAUAGUUGGCCUUUCUGUAAUACGAUGAGUAGUGAUUGUAAAAGCCUUUGUAUUUUGUACUUAGUGAUUUGAUAAUCCUGAUUAUCUUGUGAUAUGCACUUCUAUGUCAUGACUGUUAUUAUUACUUACAUUUAUAUUACAAUUCUUUUAUUUGUUCUCAUCAUUUGACUUCAGAAGAUUUUGUCUGUAUGAGAGAAUUCUUUGAUAAAGUAAUUCUAAGCUCUUGAUGGUUUAUUUACCUUGCUGAAAACCAUGAUGUAUUUUCAUUAUAAAGUGCCAACACUUGGGACCCCAUUCCAUUUCCAUUUCUUCAGAAAUGUAAUCCCCUUUUCUCCUUCUAUCUUUAGUCUCUUAUUUGUAUGUCUAUGCUGAUUUUCUUCAUUCAUUAAAAUGAUGUUCUGUUGCCUUGAUUGAAAUAUUUUAUCUUUCUUUUUUUUUCGGGGGGGGGGGGGGGUGCAUUGAGUUUACUUGUAAAAUGAGUAAGAAUAAUGACUGCUGAAAAACACUGAAUACAUUUCUUGGAACUGCAACUAAAACUUAAAAAGUAUGUAGUAUGCUUUUUGCAGUAUCCAAUUCUAACAUGAUAUUUUCAUAUUGUAAAUGUUUUCAUAUAUUAUCAGAUACCAAUACUACGCAGUACUGCACAUGUGUGAAUUAUAUUUACAAAUAGCAUCUUCAACUUUUAUGAUUUUUGUAAAUAAUAAUGUUCUACCUUGCAGAAUAUAAUCCAAUGAAUAUACAUAUACACUAUUUAAUGUAUUUAGAAUUUGUAUUCGGAUGAUGGCCUUAUUCAUGAGUUUGGUGAGAAAAUAUUUGAAAUAUUGGUAUAUAUAUUUUUAAAAAGAAAAAUAUGACUGCUUGGGAAAGAUGGCUUACUGCUUGGACCACAAAACUUCAUAUCUAAAAAAAAAAAUAAUAUUUAGGAGAGGAUACCUUAUUGUUUGCGCUCAGUGGCAGGACCUUCCAAAGAAUUGUUUCUGAUUCAGCUAGAUACCCCACAGUCUGCCAUAAUAACACUAUCGAAUGGGAUAACCUUUCAUAUAACAAGCUGUGGGAGUUACAAUUUUCACAGUUUUUUUAUAGAGAUCUUAGUUUUGCGGGAAAAAUUGCUUGACAGAUUGUUUAUUCAUUUAAAAAAAUUGUAUUUUCCCCUAAAUUUGAGGUACAUAUAUGAGGUUUUGCUGCCCUAGCAAGAGAUUGUGACCAUUAUAUCUAAAUAGAAUAGAGUAUUCCAUUUAAGCUUUUACUGUGCACAUAUGGUUUCAAAGAAGUAAAUAUGAUCAUAUAUAUGCUAUCAUUGAUAUAAUAAAUCUAAUAGACUAC